GCGUGCAAGCACCGCAGAAACAAACAAAAAAACACCCGGGAAAUCCAAGCAGCUGUUGCAACCGGUUCCUUCGAGGAGAACGUGAGAAAGAAGCAUGAGGCCCCAGGUGCUGCUCGUCGCACUGGCCGUCUUCGCCGUCCUCGUAGCUCUGCCACUGGGCAAAGCGCACGAGGAGGAGGAGGAGGAAGGGCUUGAACUCGAAGCCAGCAGGAGGCGGUGGCCGUGCUGCGACCAGUGCGGCAUUUGCACCAGGUCGCAGCCGCCGAUAUGCGAGUGCAGGGACACGUCGACGACCGGCUGCCACCCGGCUUGCAAGGCGUGCGCCCUGUCCAUCUCCGACGGCCUCUUCGUGUGCAAGGACAAGAUCGUCAACUUCUGCAAGCGCCGCUGCACCCGUCGUACUGAUGAUGAUGAUGCGUGACUUAUAAUCUAAGUGGGCAAAUAACCUUGCCAAUAAAUAAUUUCCGUUCGGAGCUCCAUUUGCAUCUUUCUCAAGAUGCAGACGACAGGGUUUAAAUAAUCAAGGCGAUGCUUGCUUGCUCGUCGCCUUUUUACUCGUACAGUUU